GCAGCAUCCAACAUCCGCAUGAAUCCCAACGAUGCCGAUCUGUUCGAUCUGGGUUGUAUGUCGCCACUGUACGCCACGCCACCGCACUCGCCAAGCAGUGAAAUCAGUUCACCGGGCCAGAAUCAACCACCGUCAUCGCUGGCCCUUCUCGGCAAGCAGUUCGAAGAGAUGAACAUUAGCCUUUCCAACAACAGUACCAUCGUGAAUCCGCACGAUAGCCAUUUCGCACGCGACACGCAUAUGCGCAUCAUUUUGGGCAACAAUCAGAAGGAAGGCCAUCAUCAGCAUAGCGGAUCGGCGUCCGGAGCUGGUGGUGGUGGAGGAGGAGGAAAAUCUUCGAAACGUAUUACAACGAAUCCGGCCAUGCGCCUGAUAAGGAAUCGAAUUGAUUCAGCCGCUCAGUUGAUACGCCGUACGAACAACAUGCUCUCGAGUGGUAGCAACAACCAGGGCUCAUCGAGCAUUGGCGUCAAAUCGGGUACGUUCCAGUGGCGCAAGGAAAGUCAAAUGUAAUAUCGAAACCACUGACGACGACAGUACCCGUUACUCGGCUGGGUCUAAGGGCUUCAGACAUAUACACACACCUACACACUCACUCACUCAAACAGGGAUAGUAUUUCGAAUUACAGUUUUUUCGUGGGAAGAAGAGUCCUUUCUUAAUGUAAUGAAUGAUGAUGCCAUACGCAAACAUACACUGAUUAGAAUUGCAAGGGAAUUGCCGCAACAUGGCCACGGUGUCGCCAUCAUCUCUGCCCACAGUACGACGUGGAUGUAUAGAGAUAUCGGGGUUGGACGAAACAGUUUUCACAAAUAGUAUAAGCAGCUAAUGCGCAACAUUGGCGCACAGACGCUAGGACGUAUGGAAAAGCAAUUCAAUGAUUUCAAUAGAAUGGCCUCUCAUCAACCUCUAUCGGCCUGUAGGAACGGAGCAAGAUUUCAAUGCCAUAUACCAAAAAAACAAACAGAUUAUUACUUUUAUAUCGUUUUUAAGAUGAAAUAAUUUUGUACUGGUUAGCCCCACAACGCGGUGCGAGAGAUUAUUAUUGUGGAAGAGAACUGAUUAAGACGGAGAAUUGUUAUUCCCUCGCCUCUUCCAUUGAGAUUCCUUUCGCAGUUUUAUGUUUUGAGAGCUAUCUAUUUAUUUGUAUACAGAUGAAAUCACCAGUUUUGUAAUGGAUGUUUUACACAAAAUAUGCGUCUCCGGGAACGUAAUGUAGCAACGACGCGUUCAUGUCCCAUUUUUUGCCUCGACAAUCUUAGUUGUUUUUUAUGUUUCCUUUUUGCUUAUCGCUUACGAUACGUAGAGCCAACAAUAGUAUCACUCGGAAUAAAAUGGUUGUGUUUCCGGUUCCGCCUAGAGGGAAGAUGCUUUAUGUUCUUCCAUUUUAUUCUAUCGCUAAAUCCACGAGAUAAAGAUAGUACGAAUCAUUAAAAGAAAAAGGUAGAGAGGAAGAACAAGAGAGGGAAAAAGAUCGGAGGAGAGAGAGAGAAAGAGAGAGAGGAUAUAGAAAUGAAAUGAAUGGCCUUGCACUCCUCGAGGUACUGGGAGUGCUACGUUUAUUUAUGUCGGUUGUCCCCUAUACCACCACCAUAUGGUGAUGGGGUUUUCCCUGCUGGUACCAGUGGAACCUGACGAAACGAAACCAACAAAUCAUAACAAAAGCUUAUAUGCUCUCCUUAUCUAUAUCAGAAACCAGGGUUGUCGAAAGCGAGAGAACAUAGUAACAAAACAACAGUAGUCACAACGGAAUGCAGGGAGGAGAAGUAAGCAAGAGCGAAAGAAGCAAGAUGGUAAAAUCACAUAAACUUUAUCUGUAGCAAUAGCUCCACACAGAGCGUGGAGACAGAAAGCGUAAGCCUAUUUGAAUUAAACAAAGCGAUCGUUGACGUCCUUUGGCGUGUCGACCGUUGCCUGAAAUGAUGGAUACGGUUGAGCUCAAGGUGAAAAUCGAUGGAUCCGAUUCAAGCGUUCAACCAUAAUUCACCUCUUUGAAUAAAAUAGAUGGACAUUAAAUGUAGGAAAGAAAGAAAGUAUUACUAGAGAGGUACCAGAGAGUGGGUGUGAAGAAAGCAAUUGAUUGAAUAUGCAUGCGUGACUUGAAAUCGAGCAACAAAUCGAUCUUUCAGCAACAGAAGCAACAAAUCUUGAAACAUGUAGGAACACAAAUCCCAUUAAGGUGUGUUUGCGAGCAAAACCGAAUGUUGUAUUUCUUCUUCCCUUCCCCACAUUUCCUCAUUAAUCGUGUGUUUGUGACCAUAGUGCAUAACGAGCCAUGGCACCAUGGAAUGAUCGAAUACGGAUUUGGAUCGAUAUAUGGAACCCGGUGUGAGGUGGAAAGUGCAUUGUAACUAAUUGAUUCUAGUCGAGAUAUAUUUUUUACGAAUGAUGGAGGUUGAUAAUGGUUGCAAGCGUGCGUGUUCAUUUUCCCAUUAAUGAUGCUCGAACAGCAAUCACCUUGCGUUCAACAACAGUAAUAGUAUGUAGUUUUGAUUACGGGAAACUAUUCGGCUAACGGCGGUUUAUCUAACAAACCGUUGGCCACUUUCUUUAUGCAUGUGUGAUUGUGAUUUUGGUUUAUCUAGUAAAAGGAUUCGUUUUACGUUCACUUCACAUCAGAAAAUGAUCACCGUACACGGUCAGGUGGUGUGGUGCGGUGUUUAACCUUGUGACUUACUUGUGAGUAGCCUAGUUUGUAUUAUUUAUUUAUUCUCCCCUACCCCGUGUCGUCGCGGGGGCAUUCUAUGAAUGGAUCCCAUUUUAACUGCGUGCGCUGGGGCUAGGUUUACGUAAUUUUUCCGGUGUUUGCCAGACACGCCAGCGAACCGGUGGAUCCGGGGGAUUCGGAGAGCCAUGCGAUCGGAGCGAGGAAACAAACAAGAAGCAAAGAAAACCCACUACGGAUGAUAGUAAUAUAUCCCCAUGAACAAUUCCUUUUAUUUCAAUGUAAUUGAUAGUGAACCUGAAUAAACUGAAGAAAUAGUAGUGUAA